CUUACAAGUGACCUGGUCAGUCACGACCACACUCUAUACACCGUGCCAGAAUCACCAGUCGUGGUGGGCCCGUACCGGGCAAAGUUGUGCGCCGCAUGAGGCAAUGUAAACUUUCCUCGCGCUGUUCUGGUUGCUGGGAGACCAUUUACUGAUGUCCAGAUUCACAGCGACGACGGUCAACCUCACUCCUAUGUAUCACGACGUCACGAACAUCUGCGAAGACUUCCUGUCUUCUUACGCUCUUUGAAAGAUUUCUGCCAGAUACCAAACAUAUUCAAUCUCACAUCUUUUGUCGUGAACUGUUCGACAAUUAAGCUCCAUCUGUUAGGCAGCUUCCCUACCUCAGCCCGUCAAUUCAAUUCAUGUCACAGAACUUUCCCAUGUUGCAUCCUGCAUAGAGGUGAGUUCGUCUUUCAGUUCACCCUUCGAAUUGUUCACUGCUGCCUAGGGACAUUCGGCUGACGAUGUCAUCGUGGGGUAAGGAAAAAAUAGUGAAGUCGGUUGAAGCUAUACAGAUCUACAGCUCUCUUCCCUUCCCUCCUCAACAACACACUUUCCAUACCAUAACUGCAAGAUGGAUGCGGAGGCUACUGAGCCGUUCACGCAGCCCACCCAGCCAGGUACUGCUUCAUCUUCUCGCCCCUUUACUUUUCACCCUUCUUUGCUUUUCCAACCUAUUUCUCUCCCCUCCACCCAAAACCCAAAUGCUUACGACCCUUACUGGGUAGCCACACAAUUGGUGACCGAUCCUCGAAGACUCGGGCAGCCAGGGUCAGGUCUCAGUAACGAUCAACUCUCUGAUAUCUUCUGUAUCCUUCAUCCUGCGACCCUUCCUGCCUGCCGUGCAGCUGCACUCAUUCACGAAGAGGCCCCAGAGAACACUAUUGCUACCGAUCACCAUGUGAAGAUUCGCGAAAAGAGCUCGAGCGAGGAUGUGAUCAAUUCUAGUCAGUUGGCCGAAGAUGGGCUCGAAUCGUGUGACAUUAUUUUACGGUUGUCUGCCAACCUCAAAGACCCCAUGGGCGGCUUUCAAUUCGGACGCAAUGCCACUCGCUGCGAUUUUGUCAUUGGUAAGAACGAGGUCUCCAGACGAAUAAGCAAUAUACACUUCAGAAUCUACAUCAAUGAAUAUGGGAUCAUCAUGUUGGAGGACCAGUCUACCAAUGGCACUGCCAUCGACGGUACUUUGUUGCGUGGAAAGGAGAAGGAGAACGGCCAUAAAUUCCGACAUACGCUGUCGCAAGGCGCAGUCAUCACUCUCACCAUGACACCACCGGAGGAAGAUUAUAGAUUCGUCGUUCGCAUUCCGUACCGCGAGGGCGACAUUGAGGAUAAAUACCAGCAAAAUCUGACGGUGUUCUUCCUAAAGAUGAACAACCUACGUGCAAGACAUGCUGCUCGCAUAGCUGCAGGUGGAGGUGCUAGGAGAGAUCCCCUCAAUCUUUUCCCUACUCAAGGCACAGAGACUCCACCAGUGCACUCUAUCACAUCUGAUGGCAGAACCGUGAGAGAAUGGCGAGGUGGAUCAACAUACAACAGGAUCGGUACAAUUGGAAAAGGCGCUUUUGCGAUUGUCUACAAGCUCACAGCCAAGUACGACGGUGUACCAUACGCUGCUAAGGAACUUGAAAAGAGACGAUUCAUGAAGAAUGGCAUCUUAGAUACGAAAGUUGAGAACGAGAUGAAAAUCAUGCAGGCGAUCCAACACCCAAAUAUCGUCAAGUACAUUGAGCAUGUUGACUGGGAAGACUAUCUCUAUAUCAUCAUGGAAUUUGUUCCAUGCGGCGAUCUCGGCAGCCUAGUCAACAAACAUGGCCCGUUGCCAGAAGCGGAUGUCAAGUCCAUGGCUAGGCAGCUGCUGAGUGCUCUGAAGUAUUUGCAUGAAGGUGGCAUUACUCAUCGUGAUGUCAAGCCCGACAAUAUUCUUAUUCAAAGUCGAGAUCCGAUCCACGUCAAGCUCACCGACUUCGGUCUUUCAAAGAUGAUCGACAGUGAAGAGACCUUUCUGAGAACAUUCUGCGGAACACUGCUAUACUGUGCCCCGGAAGUUUACUCGGAGUAUCGAGAAUACGAUGAUGAUGGUAGGCGGAAUUUCCGCGGCAAGGACAAGAGAUCACUACCGCCACAACGCUACGGUCAUGCUGUUGAUAUAUGGUCUUCUGCUGGAGUACUCUUCUACUCUCUUUGUGGCCUCCCGCCAUAUCCUGUCAAGAACGGCACUAGUUAUCAAGAGUUGCUCAACCACAUUAUGACAGUCGCUCUUGACGUUCGACCUAUUCAAAAAGUCGGUACAUCUGACGAAGGAGUCCGAUUUAUCAUUAGGAUGCUUCACGUCCAACCACAGUAUCGUGCUACUAUCGAGGAUCUGGAGAACAGCUCUUGGUUCACUGGCAAGAUGGAUAGUUUCGAAAUAUCAAUGGAGGAAGACGAAGUCGAUUUGAUCGGCGAUGGAAUUGUUGACCCUGAGCUUGCGGAAGAAGCAUCCCAGUUGUGCAUUAAGGAUAAUGCCUACGAUGAUGUCCGAGAUGACGAGAAUAUGGUCGAUGAGAAUUUGAGUGAUAUGACUGAAAUCCAGCAACGCGAAAUCCCUAGUAGCUUUGCUACCAGCGAGGGUAAUUCGAAUGAAAACGAGAGCUAUGGAUUUUUGGAGGGAAAUCACAAUCCUACAAAUGGUCGUCUGUUCGGAGAGGUGAACAUAUCUGCGGUAGGAAGCUCCGGUGCGAUACCUUUGAACCACUUGCACCUUCCGCUUCUGGUCAACAAUCAACAAACCAUGUUGUCCGAUUCUUCUCGCGAGUCCCGUUAUACACAAAGCCCCAAUCCAAACAAUGCACCAACGCAAGACAAUCCUCGGCCUGUGACAAGUAUUCCGACCAUCAUGCACCCUCCUGGCCCAGCAAGCAAUGCUACCAAGCAUCCAGAACAUGAUGGUAGAUCCGUCAGAUCAUCGAGCUUGAUGGGUGCUGAGUCGAUGGUUGGCCACCUCAACAUGCACUCCCCUGGUUCCGCUGCAUCUCCUGGAGCAGAUAGCCCAGCUCCAACCACGGAAGAUAUCCAUGAUGUGACAGUCAGCCUUAGGAGACCCCGUGAGGAAGACUAUGACGAGGAUGGAGUUUGGAGACCUGUAGACCUACCUUCGAAGCGACGUCGCAAGUCCGAGCGCGAAAUCGAUAUUCCCGUUCCCCCUAGCACAUUCUGGGACCCAAAGAAUAAGGCUACUCAUCACAACAACUAUCCCCGCAUGUUGACGUCAGAUUUCAGGGCCUACCAGGAUUAUGCGGAGAGCAAAGGCGAGAAAUUCAUUCAUGGUCAGAAGACUUUCGAGGUCACCAUGGACAGCUUUCGAAGUUCUAGAAGCCCUUCAUUGGAGCCCGAGAGAGCACAUUCAGAGCCUGCCAAGGAGGAAGGACGCCGAAUGCUUAUGAAGCGUGAUGAUAGACAGCUUGCCAGUGAUGGCGAAAGUCGGGAAAGGAUUCCAUCAAAUGGCCAUGCCGAGGAAAACAUGCGAGAUCAGUCUCUUCCUUCGACUGCUUACCCAUCAAAGGCUCCGACUAUGGUCGAGUUUAAACCCACUCCUCCUCCAAACUACCCUCAACCUGUUGUUGGCAAUGAUUUCCAACCGCCGAAGCGCAUCCUUGCCAAACUUGUCUCAACGCCCGAUAGCUGCCUGCCUACAAUCUCCCUCAACAUCACUGAUUCCGUUACGAGCUGGGGACGAGGAUACGAGGCAACGGUUCGAUAUGCCAAUGGGAAAGAGAUCCGCAUUCCCAAGUAUGCCUUCAAAAUCUUUCUCUUCAAGCCCGGAUUUUACGCCAAUAGACAACCCACUGUCAAUGCCAGUCAUAUCUGGAAUGACAAGGAUCAAGACAUGAAAUUCUUCAUCUCCACUAAGGCCUCACAAGGAAUAUGGGUUAAUGAUGUCAAUAUUCCUUGUCAUGACCGCCAAAAUCCAAGCACCAAGUCAAAGUUCUGGGGCGAGUUAAAAUACGGCGAUGUAAUUACAGUUUGGAAAGUAGCCGAACAGACUUCUUUGAAGUUCGAAUGCUUUUGGGGAAAGUCCAAAGAAUGCAGACAGCCGGACGAGCCUUUGCAAUUAGUUCCAGAAGGUAAAUACCUCGAUGAAUUGGAUGAGGCUUGUCUGGUCGAAGAGAAGGCUAUUCUCGCUGAGAUUCGCCGUCGCGAGAACGAAGAAAAGAAGACAUCAGAGCGUGAAAAACAGGAGAAGUUGGCUCAUCUGAAGAACAAAGCCAUCAGAUUCGAGAGCGGAACUUUAAACAACUGAAGACCUGUUAAAAAGAUACUCGAACCUCUCAACAUUCUGUACGAAUAUUUUUCCUUUUCAUCGAUGUCACCACUACAUGCAUGAGGAGCGAGCAGGCGGGAGUGCGAAUGUUUGUACGCUCUUCUUUGGUUUUGCUGGAUACACAAAUCAGUUGGUUGCUGAGCUUGCUUCGACUUGGCUUACAAACGCUAAACUGGUGGGAAAGGUAAGAUGUGAUGCAAAAAGCCGAUUGCUGGCAUCUGGAGUUUACCAUAAAUGGAUGGGAGCGCGAGCAGAUUAUAGCGCUUGCUAAGAUUGUCAAAUAAGACGAAUGAUAUAUCAUUAAAUAGAGUUGGUUCAGGGAGAUUAAUUCGGCUCGUGCGAUUGGUAAAGGAUGCUUCCAGCGGUAUAGGAAUUAUUUCCUCUUCUUGAUCUUGUGAGCCUGAAUUCUGCUCUCAGCAAGUGCCAAGAUCUUCAGAUGUGUCGCACGUCUCACACGAAGCUUCAGCAUAUACCUACCAUAUGCUCAGGCUCCCAAUCAACAGUA